AUCAGAAAAGGGGCUUUGCACUGCCAGUAGGCCACGUGCUGCUGACUGUUCAAUCGAACGACAUUUCCAUUUCGUUCUUAUUGGUGUGGGCUCUCUGCGUUAAAUAAACUAGUGGGUCACCGACACUUUUAACUGUGGUAGUGAGCUUUCCUUUGUUCAUUUAGCACAAUCCAGCCUGGAAGCAUAAUUCCCACCCCUCUUGAUAGAUCAUAGGUUUGAGGGUUUGUUGAUUUCACUGCUAUCUAUCUCUGACCAGUUUAAAACUCCGUGUGAAACUGCUUUGGUAUGCUCAGUGCGUAGGCCUGCAGGUCGCUUGCAGUCAGUCUCUCAAGGUUCCUGGAAAGAGUUUACUAAGAACGGCAGUCCCAACGUUGACUGUUACCAGAAACCGGCUGGACAGCUUCAAAUGGAGUCACGAGGUUCGCGAGAUUACCAAUGGGGCCAAUAGAAAGGCAGCGUAUGUCGCGACCGCAGUUCCGCGAAACGGAGCGCGCGGAUGAAGCUACAUAGUGUCAGCCAGUGCAGAAAUUCAAAGCUAUUCUAGGAAAUAGAUUUCAGGAAUUUCGUCACAACGAUUAUUUAAACACACUACCCGGGGAGUUUAUAUGUCAACGUUCAUAACUGAAGGGAAACGGUUUCUCUCAAUUUCUUGUGUAUUAGCUCUUGAUCUUUUUAUCCUUGAAAUAUAUUUUCAUCAAUUUUGCGUUUCAGCGCUGGCGUGUUGACAGUUCUAAACCGAACAUCUUCUCUGGCUUUAUCAGUGGCGGUGGCUUGUGAAUAUUAUGAGCGUUCUAAUGAAAAUAUGCGCUUACUCGCUUAUGGUGGACUUCAGCGUGUUGAUUCUGUUCAGGCCUAUGUAAAGCACUCCAUUGUACAAGCCACCUUUCUCAGCAAUGGUUGCCAGGGAGAGGAAUUUGCAAAGUGAUGGCGACAACAGACAGAACACUGAGUCACGCCAGGGCCACCCCUGUACCCGUCAUGUCUCCCUCAACCUGUGGGACCCCACUGCAGACCUGCUGCACAGUACCACCUUCCAGCAGCUCCAUACCUCAGGCUGGUACUGGGGAGACAUUUCAGCAGCUGAGGCUAAGAUUGCUCUGCAGGAUGCAUUGGAGGGCACCUUCUUAGUGCGCGACAGCAGCCAUCCCCUCUAUAUGCUGACGCUCUCAGUGAAGACCUGUCGUGGUCCCACCAGUGUCCGCAUUGAGUACAACUGUGGCCACUUUCGGUUGGACUCAAGUUCUCCUGCCCGCUCCAGCCUGCCCUCCUUCACCAGUGUGCCCAGUCUAGUGCAGCACUAUGUGGGCUCAGGCCGCAGACACGGAGGGGGUGAUCUGGAGGAGGAAGGGGCCAAGUCAUGGGAGUCUGUGAUGCCCAAAGAUAACACAGUGCUCCUGAAGCUUCAGUGUCCACUGCGCAGACCCCAGGCCUUUCCCUCCCUACAGCACCUCACACGCCUCGUUAUCAACCGCCAUGCCUCCAGCCCUGCCCACCUGCCUCUGCCUGGGCCGUUGCUGCUUUUCCUGCAUGAGUACCCCUUUUACAUCUGAGGACAUCCGGAGUCUUCAACCAAAUUGCCUCUUUCGGUGGCCCUUCUGCAAAGCCUGGACCCAACCGACGUACCAGGAAAGCGGGACCUCAGCACAGCGGGUUGCAAUACUACUACAAGUUUCAGAGUUUUUUGCAACUUCUGGUGUAUCCAGGCUGAAUAAUAAAUCAAAUUCCAAUGAAAAUGAAAAUCCCAUCAUAAGGAUUUUAAAACUUAAAUGAAUGAUUCUUUUUUUUAAAUGUGACUGAUACUGACUGAUCUAUAUCGAGGUAAAAUGGCCUUCUGGUACCUGUUUUACUUUCUUUUUUUGCUAUGCAAAUAUUACCUUCAAUGCCGCCCUGGUAUUCUAGCAGGCCUAGUUCACACAAUCAAGACAGAAAAAAAUGAAUCACUUCUGAACCAUAUGCUUUCCAGUGAAGGAUUUCAGGAUUUUCAGUGUUUGGAUUCCACAUCCUGAAGGUGAAAGUCUAUUAGGUCCAGGUUUUUUUUUUAAUUAGAAGGUUUUACAGUUUUCAUGGAAAUGUGAUUUCAAGUAUGUUUCUUGCUGACAGCUAAUGUUACAGGCUUUCCAAGAGAGGCAUAAUGCUUGAGUUGGGUUCCUUGAAAUGGUGGAGUGACUGUCUUGGAAAGCUUCUUAUCAGGAUUAGAGACUCUUGUUAUUAAUACCUCAGCACAGGGCAAGGUGUACAUAUUACCAGCCAUGUGCUGAAAGGUGUCCACUAAAUUUCAAAGAUUCAGAAUUCUGAAUAAUUCCUAAAGAUCUCACCAGGUACAAAAGACUAUACCUGGAUUUUAGGUGUAACUGCCAACCUAGGUUUAACUGUAACAAUUAAGUGUUGACAUGAGCAAACACAAGCAAUUCAUUUGUUUAACUCUGCUAGGCCUACUAUACAUUCACAAUAGUCAAAGUCAGUUCUGGAAAUAUCGGCAGAUUACGGUUUCCUUUGAAAGUGUCACAGUCUUUAGUUAUAAAGACAUAAAACUGCCAGGUGUUUAGUGGUACAGCCCCUAGUGGUAAGUCCCUUUGCAACAUUCCUCAGCCCCAGUCCUCACCAGUGUGCAAGAUAUUUAACAGUGCUGCCCUCUUGUGAUAGAACAUAAGCAAAACACUCAUACAAUCUUCCAAAAUAAAAUGUCAAACUCA